AAUGAUACUUUAUCGUGGCUCAUCUUAUGUUCAUCCGAUUAAAAGUGACCCCACAUCAAUACAUCGAAGGCCAUGAUUCACGGAUUUGCCCAAAGAGAUUGUUGAAAAAGCAUCCUGAAAGUAUGGAGGGACCGAGGGAGUGCCGGAGUGCGAGACACCAAGGCAUCAACAUUCGGACUGUAGUAUGAGUGAGAGCGAGCCCGCCAGAAAGUUCUGCAAAUUUCCGAGGCUUUCGACAUUUUCAAAAACCCUACACGAUGUUAUCUUCUGUUCCCCUAAAAGGCAAAUACAACAAGUGAUAACUUCAAUUCUCUUUUGUUAUACGUCCUUUCAUUCUCUCAUGCAGAUUCUUUUUAUCUUAUGCUGUUAACUCAUUAGCUGCAAGAUUUUACCAUUUUUUUUUUCUCUUUGUUGGGCAAUUACAAGAUAUUUCUUAGCUCAAUCAUUUCUUCUCAGUCGCUGCUUUUCUUCUUCUGUUCCCAUCCACACUGUUAAACCCUAAGGGGGGUUCCAAAGCUUCUCCACCUCGAAAGCUCUUCUCUUCGGUUCUGUGGUACUCUGUUCUUCUCUCGGAGGGGGGAGAGAGAUGGACAUUUGCUUGAAUCCCUGCCAAAGCUUCCAUGCAAGGUCAAUUUCGUCCUACUCGGCUUCUAUAUCCAAAUCGACUUUACUGAAAACAACUGGUUUCCCCUUCUUCCUGUGCACGAAGAGGACCGGGAAGAAGACAAACGGUGUAUCUUCGAACUUUCAAUUCUGGCGGUCACUAGCUUGUUCUACCAAUCGGACCAAUCGACUUACCACUGUUUAUUGCGAGCAUGGCUUGGCUGCAAGCCGAAAUGAUUCGACGAAUGGCUCCUUCAGUGGGUCUCCGGCGGGGAAGCGGACUGACCUGAAGAAGAUCAUGAUACUCGGCGCUGGACCCAUUGUUAUCGGUCAAGCCUGCGAGUUCGACUACUCGGGCACCCAGGCAUGCAAGGCUCUCAAGGAAGAAGGAUACGAAGUGGUUCUCAUCAAUUCCAACCCGGCUACAAUCAUGACUGAUCCUGACAUGGCGGACAGGACCUACAUCGCCCCCAUGACCCCUGAACUAGUCGAGCAGGUCAUUGAGAAGGAGAGGCCCGACGCUCUCCUGCCCACCAUGGGCGGACAGACAGCUCUCAACCUUGCUGUGGCAUUGGCAGAGAGAGGGGUCUUGGAAAAGUACAGUGUCGAGUUGAUUGGAGCGAAGCUCAAUGCAAUCCAGAAAGCAGAAGAUAGAGAUUUGUUUAAACAAGCAAUGGAGAAUAUUGGGAUCAAGACUCCUCCUUCAGGAAUUGGUACCACCCUGGAGGAGUGUUUCCAUAUUGCCGACUCUAUCAGGGAGUUUCCUCUCAUUAUACGGCCUGCAUUCACGUUGGGUGGCACUGGAGGUGGGAUCGCUUAUAAUAUAGAGGAAUUUGAAUCAAUUUGUAAGUCUGGGCUUGCAGCCAGUUUGACAUCACAGGUUCUGGUUGAGAAGUCUCUCCUGGGAUGGAAGGAGUACGAGCUUGAGGUAAUGAGAGACUUGGCAGACAAUGUGGUCAUCGUAUGCUCAAUUGAGAAUAUGGACCCCAUGGGGAUCCAUACAGGGGACUCGAUAACGGUGGCCCCUGCUCAGACCCUGACAGAUAAAGAAUACCAGCGCCUCAGGGAUUAUUCAAUUGCGAUCAUAAGGGAAAUUGGGGUUGAAUGCGGGGGUUCAAAUGUUCAAUUUGCUGUCAAUCCUAAAGACGGGGAAGUCAUGGUGAUCGAGAUGAAUCCUAGAGUUUCAAGGUCUUCAGCUUUGGCGUCCAAGGCUACUGGGUUCCCAAUAGCAAAGAUGGCUGCCAAAUUAUCUGUUGGCUAUACAUUAGAUCAGAUCCCUAAUGACAUUACGAAGAAAACACCAGCUAGUUUUGAGCCUUCCGUAGAUUAUGUGGUGACAAAGAUACCCCGCUUUGCGUUUGAGAAAUUCCCUGGUUCACAGCCGAUACUGACAACCCAGAUGAAGUCAGUUGGUGAAUCUAUGGCACUUGGUCGGACAUUCCAAGAAUCCUUUCAGAAGGCAGUUCGAUCAUUGGAAUGUGGCUACUCUGGCUGGGGUUGUGCAUAUAUCAAGGAACUGAACUGGGAUUGGGACCAAUUAAAGUACAGCCUCCGGGUCCCUAGUCCAGAUCGCAUCCAUGCCAUAUAUGCAGCAAUGAAGAAGGGAAUGAAGGUGGAUGAGAUCCAUGAACUGAGUUACAUUGAUAAAUGGUUUCUUACACAGCUUAAAGAGCUAGUAGAUGUGGAGCAAUUCUUAUCAGCCCAAAGUUUGUCUCAGCUGACUAAGGAUGACCUAUAUCAAGUAAAGAGAAGAGGUUUCAGUGAUAAGCAGAUAGCCUUUGCAACCAAAUCCACUGAGAAAGAAGUGCGAUCAAGGCGGUUGUCUCUUGGGGUAACUCCAGCUUAUAAGCGGGUAGAUACCUGUGCUGCUGAGUUUGAAGCUAACACUCCAUACAUGUACUCAUCCUAUGAUUAUGAGUGUGAAUCAGCUCCCACCAAACGGAAGAAGGUUUUGAUUUUGGGUGGAGGACCAAAUCGGAUAGGUCAAGGUAUUGAGUUUGACUACUGCUGCUGCCAUACAUCUUUUGCUCUUCAGGAAGCUGGAUUCGAGACAAUUAUGAUGAACUCUAAUCCCGAGACUGUAUCAACUGAUUAUGACACAAGUGAUCGGCUCUACUUUGAACCACUAACAGUUGAGGAUGUUCUGAGCAUCAUUGACUUGGAAAGACCUGAUGGCAUCAUUGUACAGUUUGGGGGGCAAACACCUCUCAAGCUGGCACUCCCGAUUCAACACUACUUGGAUGAGCACAAGCCCUUAUCUUCCAGUGGAUCUGGUCAUGUUAAGAUAUGGGGGACUUCGCCUGAUUCAAUUGAUGCUGCUGAGGACCGUGAACGGUUCAAUGCGAUUCUAAAAGAACUGGAGAUUGAACAACCAAAAGGUGGAAUUGCGAAGAGUGAGGCUGAUGCAUUGGCCAUAGCCAUGGACAUAGGCUAUCCAGUUGUUGUCCGGCCUUCGUAUGUGUUGGGUGGGAGGGCAAUGGAGAUUGUGUAUAGUGAUGACAAGCUCAUAACCUAUCUUGAGAAUGCUGUUAAGGUGGAUCCAGAACGUCCUGUCCUGAUUGACAAAUAUCUUUCAGAUGCUAUUGAGAUUGAUGUUGAUUCACUUGCUGACUCACAUGGUAAUGUAGUCAUUGGAGGAAUCAUGGAACACAUUGAGCAAGCAGGGGUCCAUUCUGGAGAUUCAGCCUGCUCACUUCCCACUAAAACUGUUCCCUCCUCAUGCUUGGAAACAAUUAGGUCAUGGACAACAAAGCUGGCUAAGAGGUUAAAUGUGUGUGGGCUUAUGAACUGCCAGUAUGCAAUCACGGCAUCUGGGGAGGUUUUCUUGCUUGAGGCAAAUCCCCGUGCAUCACGCACAGUCCCUUUUGUCUCCAAGGCAAUCGGGCACCCACUAGCCAAGUAUGCAUCUCUUGUCAUGUCAGGAAAAUCUCUCCAUGAUAUUGGGUUCACAAAGGAGGUGAUUCCGAGCCAUGUCUCUGUAAAGGAAGCUGUGCUUCCAUUUGAGAAGUUUCAAGGCUGUGAUGUGCUGCUUGGCCCUGAGAUGCGUAGCACUGGAGAGGUCAUGGGUAUUGAUUUUGAUUUCCCAGUAGCUUUUGCCAAGGCUCAGAUUGCUGCAGGGCAGAAGCUACCAACCUCCGGGACUGUGUUCCUCAGCUUAAAUGACUUGACAAAGCCACAUCUUUCCACUAUGGCCCGAGCUUUCUUGGGGCUUGGUUUCAGUAUUGUUGCAACAUCUGGCACAGCGCAUGUGCUUGAGUUGGAGGGCAUCCCAGUGGAGCGGGUGCUGAAGAUGCAUGAGGGACGUCCCCAUGCUAGCGAUAUGAUUGCCAAUGGACAUAUCCAAUUGAUGGUUAUCACAAGUUCGGGUGAUGCACUUGAUCAGAUUGAUGGCCGGCAAUUGAGGAGGAUGGCUCUUGCUUACAAGGUUCCCAUCAUAACAACGGUUGCAGGAGCUUUGGCAAGUGUGGAAGCAAUAAAGAGCAUGAAGCACAGCACUGUCAAGAUGAUUGCUCUUCAGGACUUUUUUGACGUUCAGGCAGGGCGAGAGAGUUGCUACAAGUUGCAGCCUGCUUCGUCUUCUCUUUGAUUCAUGCAGUUGUUGCAUGGUAAUAGAUUCAACGUCUAAAUGUUAUGACAACAUGGAGAGUUUUCCAGCAGCUUGGAAUACUGCAAAAAUUGGGAGAAAGUUGUCUUAUUGAUGAGUUUUUUUUGUUAAAAAGGAUGAACUGUACUUGGAUUGGACUCAAUCCAGUCCAUUUCCAUCUUAAUUGGAUUGGAUUGGAGCAUAUAUUUUUGUAUUUUUUAAAUAUUUUUUUUUUGUUUUCAUCUAAUUUUGGUGUUUCAUUCGGAUGAUCCAAUCCGGUCCAUUUGCAUUUUAAUUUGUUUGGAUUGGAUUGUAGCAGGUCUUGUGGUAGUUUUCUAUAUAUUUUCUGGGUUUCUCAUGAUAUUUUGGUGUUUGAUUCACUUUGGAUUGUAUUGGACCCAAUCUGCUCUAUUUGCAU